AACAAGUACAAAUGGCAAGUUUGUAACAGUAUUUAGAGGGAUUUGACAUUUCAGUAUAGUUCCCAGCUGAAUAUCACACAAAUCAGACGAAGAAAGAAUAAUCCAUUUUCCCAAAUAGAAUCAUUCCAUCAUCAAAAUCUUUUACUAGUACUAUUUUCACCCUCUCAAAUCUCAAAUCUUUCUCUCAACUAACAAAUCCAAAUCAAACCCUAAAUAAAAAAAACCCCAAAAUGUCAACAACAGCAGAUGAAGUAAUCAACACAAUUGCCCUAUCAUUCACUGAUUUCCCAGAAGAUGUUCAGCUCAACAUCCUCUCAUUUCUCACUCCUUUAGAUAUCUCCAAUUUCGCAUGCACUUCUAAGCGCUUCGUUACUCUCUGCCGUGACGACAGGAAACUAUGGUUUUCCAUGUGUGAACGAAAAUGGGGCUCGAAAACCCACAUUAACAAAUGGGGUAACGGUAUGAUAUCGUAUAAGAUUCUUUACUAUACACUUUUGCAGUAUGAGAAUCUUAUUGGAUUUUGGCGGAGAAGUGGGGUUGAAACGGAUGUUCCCUUGGUGUUUUUCGAGUGGGGGAGGUUUUAUGUGGCGGGUUCGAGGGUGAAGCCGUCGAAAACGGGGAGUUAUGACGCGGUGAAAAUGCCGUUUUUGUGGAUGGGGAUUACGUCGAAGGGGGAAGUUGUUAAUUAUCUUGAUCCCGUAGGGAAGUUGGAGUUGAAUGAAAAUGUGAUGAAUUUGGAUGAUUUGGGAGUUGUGGAGAGUGAUUUGGUUCCUGUGAAUGUGAAUUUUAUGGGGAAGAAUCAUGUUGUUGUGGAGGAAAAUGGGAGUGGAUUUGGGUAUUCGGCGAGAGGUUCGAGCUCGAGCUCAGGGAAUGUGAGGGAAGAGGAGUAUGAGGAUUUGUGUGGGUCGCCUGGGAGUUUGCCGGAUAAGUUGAUGUCCGAGAUUUAUCAGUAUUUUGCUAACAAGACGAGUCCGGGUGGGAAUGGGUCUGCGAGGAGACAGAGAAGGAGGGAGAGAGAAAGGCAGGGAAGAAGGAAAUGGGAGCCAGAAGAUUAUGUGAAAAUAGUGAAUCCUUUGCCUACGCCAGACAGGCCGUUGCAGGGCUUGUGGAAGGGAUUCUGUGAUGACACAACUUUGGAGUUCUUCCUUGUCUCGUAUGAUGAUAUUGGUGGCAUUGCUUGCAGAAGGCUUGUGGAAUUAUGUAAACCUUUCUCUGCCUAUGCCCCAGUAUUUUGGACUUCGAAUACCACAUUCAUUCGGUCGCCUUUAUCUUCAGAAGAAGAAAACAUAUAUGAGAGUCGCAUGCAUAUUCAGCCCCUUUCUGAAGCUGAUGAACCGUGUGAGGUUCUGCCUAGUUCUGAUAAGAGAGUAAUUUUGUGCAUGCAUUUCAUGAACUCGAGCUACGACUUGGUUAUUCCAGAUUUGGCAGGAAGCACUGUAAAUCCUAGGCAGGCGGAGGGAAGGAUUUGGCAGUAUGAAGAUGGGACCUUUGGGUUUGGUUUUCUGCGAGACAAUUACAUUAUAGACUUGAGAUGUAUUGCUCAGAAUGGUCAGAUUUUGGAGGUAGCAGAUUUUUCUGGUGAAUGAUCUUGCUGUGUACAUUAAUAGUCAAAAGAGAGAAAGUGCAGCAGAAAAUUUCCUAUUUAUAUUCUUUGUACAUAUUAAUAGGUUCUUUAAGCGGUGAAGAUUCUGGUUCUGUUGUAACAUUUCAUGACAAUGAAAAUCUCGAUUUCAAUGUAAUUUAGGUAUUCUCAAGCUUCCUUUUUGGUGAAUGGAUCUAACUUUUCUCCUA